AUGUCAGUGUCUACGGCUUUUGCAGGCGGAUGGGAAAAGCUGCCCACGCCUCUCACACCAUGGAUUCUAGAUGUCAUCAGCUCCAUGGGACACACUCAGAUGACCCCAGUUCAAGCGUCAACAAUUCCGCUCUUCAUGCGACACAAAGAUGUCGUCGUAGAAGCCGUCACCGGUUCUGGGAAAACUCUCGCAUUCGUUGUCCCAAUCCUGGAGAAACUCGUGCGGAGAGAGCGAAGGUUGGCGAAAACCGAGAUUGGUGCACUGGUAAUCAGCCCGACGAGGGAGCUGGCUACACAAAUCCAUUCAAUCUUCUCCCUCUUCCUGUCCUCCCAGCCCACCUCCCGCCAAUCACUCUCCCCAGACGAACCCUCGGGUUCGAACGUCCAGCUCGAUUCCGAACCUACGUAUCCUCCUCCUCUGCUUGUCAUGUCUUCAGAUUCGGCCCCGGUACAAGAUCUACAGCGCUUUUUGUCAACCGGUGCGGACAUUGUCAUUGGCACUCCGGGACGCAUCGAGGAGCUUCUUCUCGGCAAGGGCAGCAAUAUCGUAAGCGUUAAAGAACUGGAAAUUCUGGUUCUGGACGAGGCAGACAGACUGCUUGACCUCGGAUUCCAAGCUGUCUUGACACGCAUACUGUCACAUUUGCCGAAGCAACGGAGAACGGGACUUUUCAGUGCCACUAUGACAGAUGCUGACGCUAUGUCUGAGUUGGUCCGUGUUGGUCUACGGAAUCCCGCAAGGAUCGUGGUCAAGGUUCAGUCCAAAAAAACGAAGGGUAUGAACGCAUCUGUGCAGGGUGAGAAGGAAGUUGUGGAAGAACGGCGAAUACCUGCGAAUCUUCAGAAUUUCUACAUGUCCUGCCGAGCAUCCGAAAAGAUGCUGCAACUAGUGAGGAUCAUCCGUCACGAAGUGAACCAGCAACAGUCGUCUCGUUUCAUCGUUUACUUCGCGACAUGUGCAUGUGUGGAUUAUUUCUACAGAGUACUAUCACCGCUUAUGCCGCCAGGAACCGACCUGUUCUCUCUCCAUGGUCAUCUACCACCCAGCGCUCGAACGAAGACUCUGUCCAACUUCACGAAUUCCGUCGCUCUUCCUACAUCUCCAUCAAUACUACUUGCGACCGACGUCGCUGCGCGAGGUCUCGACCUUCCUGACGUCGACGUUGUCAUACAGUUUGAUGCCCCAACUGACACCAAGUCGUUCUCCCAUCGAUGUGGACGUACCGCCCGCGCUGGCCGUAAAGGCCGAGCCUGGGUGCUUCUUGUAGGUCGCGAAGCCGACUAUGUCGAGUUCAUGGCUGUUCGCAAGAUCCCUCUCAAACAGAAACAUCGCUUCUCGCACGACGGCUCUGUCGUUGACCAGAGCGACGAGGACGAGGACGACCCCGAAGUGCAGUCUGUCGUGACUAUAAUCAGGCAGAAAUUACUCGCAGACAGAGCAUUGCAUGACAAGGCCGCUAAAGCGUUCGUGUCAUUUGCUCGUGCCUAUUCAAAGCACGAAGCAUCCUACAUCUUCCGACUCAAGGACCUUGAUCUCGUCGGCCUUGCGAAAAGUUUCGGACUUUUGCGGCUGCCUCGCAUGCCAGAGCUGAAGGAGGUCUCGACUGAUGGUUGGGCAGAUGCUGACCUCAAUUGGGAGUCUUACAUGUAUGCGGACAAGGCACAGGAAGCCAAGCGGCUCGCAGAAGCGGCUUCAAAGCCCACACGCAGUGUCGAGGAGAUUGAACGUCGCAGAGCGGCCCGGGUAGAAAAGCGAAAGGCAAACACAGCUUGGAGCAGCCAAAGCCGAAGGCAGGAGGAACGUGAGAAACGUCGAGACAAGAAGGACCGAAAGAAGAGGUGGCAGAAAACACAGACAUCACCGGGGAGUGAAUCUGCGGAAGUGAAGCGGGGGGAAGGUGUCCCACCCAGCGGCAGUGAUGAAGGUGAUGACUGGGAGGACCUUGCACGAGAGGAGCGUGCAGCAAAGAGGGUGAAGCAGGGACAUUUGAGUCAGACGGAGUUUGACGCAGAGUUCGCAGACUUGUGA